AUGUCCUCCCCUUCCGGCUCCUCAGCAGCAGGCAAGCGGAAACGCACGACCGCAACAAUGAACCCCACAGGCAUGCCAGACGCUGCUGACGACGCCGACGCCGGCCUCCAGGCCUCCUCGCGCGACGCCUCUGGCGAGGAGGGCGACAGCACCGCCCCGGAAUCCGGCCGCGUCGGCGGCCACCGCAAGUCCGACUCCACCUCCGCCGGCCACCCGUCUAAGCGGCAGCGCGCCGGCUCGGACCGCUCUCACGAGACGACGACGUCGGCGGCGCAAAACCACUCCCUCGACCCGGGCGAACCCAGCGACACCACCGAGGCGAGCGUCGACAUCGCCGAGCGCGUCGGCCGCAAGAACAGCCGCAAGCACGUCUCGAUAAAGGAGGACGAGGACAAGGACGAGGCCAUGCCGCCUCCGCCCACCGGCAAGCUCACGCACCCUGUCGGCUUCAGGACCAACGAUCCUCCCGUCGGCCGCCCUGUCCGGGUGUACGCCGAUGGAGUGUUCGACCUCUUCCAUCUCGGUCACAUGCGCCAGCUCGAGCAGGCCAAGAAGGCCUUCCCCGACGUCUACCUCAUCGUCGGCGUUACCGGUGACGCCGAGACGCACAAGCGCAAGGGCCUGACGGUCCUCUCAGGCGCCGAGCGCGCUGAGACGGUCCGCCACUGCAAGUGGGUGGACGAGGUCAUAGAGAACUGCCCGUGGAUCGUCACCCCCGAGUUCCUCGACCAGCACAAGAUUGACUACGUCGCCCACGACGACCUGCCCUACGGCGCUGACGAGGGCGACGACAUCUACCGCCCCAUCAAGGAGGCCGGCAAGUUCCUCGUCACCCAGCGCACCGAGGGCGUCAGCACGACGGGCAUCAUCACCAAGAUCGUCCGCGACUACGAAAAGUACAUUGCCCGGCAGUUCAAGCGCGGCACCUCGCGCCAGGAGCUCAACGUCAGCUGGAUCAAGAAGAACGAGCUCGAUCUCAAGCGCCACGUCCAGGAGCUGCGCGAUAACAUCCGCACCAACUGGUCGACCACCGGCCAGGAGCUCUCCCGCGAGCUGCGCCAGUUCUGGCCCGCCUCACGCCCGCAGUCCCCGGCCCCGGCCGCCCGCACCUCGUACAUCCAGAACGGCGACCACCUCGCCGCCUCCAACACGAGCAAGUCCCGCCUCAGCGUCGACAUCCCCACCACCCCCGGCGGCACGCCCGCCGCGACCCAGUCCAACGACUUCAUCACCGGCUACGCCCUGGGUCUCGUCGGCGGCGUCCGUUCAUGGAUGACCAAGAGCAAGAGAAGCGAACUUGACAGCCCGAGCCGCCGCAACAGCGACGAUGACUCGGAGAGCGACGGCAAGAGCCCCCGCGGCCGCGUCGUCCCUCAACAACCGGCCGCCGCCACCGCGAGCGCCUCAUAA